AUGACCUCUGAGUUUAUCGCGUCGACCGACCUGCCGGAGCGUGAGCUGGUGGGGCUCAUUGGCCUUGUCUCAUCAUUUGAGGAGACUGCGCACACGGCCCAGUUUCGCGCUCGUUGGCCGUCACUCAACGAGACCCUGUAUCCCGCAGCCAAGUUUCCCGAGCCGACCGCCUUUGCGCUCUUCUCGUACGACGUGGUCACGCUCUUUGCACAUGCGAUACAUGCCGCCAUUUCUGCCGAGACCGACGUGUACGACGGCCUCGCGCUCAUGGAUCGCAUUGCGCAGACGACCUUUAUCGGUCUGACAGGGAACAUCACACUCGACUUUAACUACGACCGCGUCUCGCAGUACUCGGUGGUCAACUACCAAGGUGGUGCAAAUAUGCGGACCGUGGGAACGUGGCGGGUCGACCAGACGCUACAUCUCACCACCCCGCUUCGGUUUUCGGGCAACACCACCGAGAUACCGUUCCUGAAAGAGGAUGUGCCAACGUCUGAGAGCAACACAGUGUUUAUUCUUGUCAUUGUUCUCUCGACCACGAUUGUGGUCAUUGUCGGCGUCCUCCUGCUGGUAGCAGUCCUGAUGUUGCGGCGGCGGCGGGCGCAGGUGGUCAACCUCGAGGUCCAGAACAAGCAGCUCAAUCUCGAGACGCGGGCGCUCAACUCGCGACUGGACACUCUGUCGGAGAUGACGUCGGCUGAGUCGGGUCGGACAACGACGUCGCCGGUAAUCGACAUUCCGGUCAACCAAGUGCUAAGCCUACUGUGGCGGCUGCAGGGCACAGUCCACUCACCGAAGGAUCUGCAAGACAUCAACGCUGCCAUCGAGGCCAUCCAGUCGAACGUCUUGUUUACACCCGAGACCAAGGACGCGAACACAGCGUCGCGCGACUUGGACACCCGCGAGUGGAUCCGCGCAACACUCAUCGAGUCGCCAUGGACCGGUGAGGCGCAGACCGGCUUGUCGCGGGCCAUGGCCUCGAUCUCCCUCUCGGCAACCGGCAAAGUCGACUCCCUCGACCAGUCGGGUCAGCUCGCCGCCACCAUUCCUGGCCUCGCCGACCCGGACUUUGACAUAUUCACCUACGCGCACACAGACGCUAUGCCUCUCCGCUCUAUUUUCGUUGCCAUUGUUCAAGAGCGCGGCCUCCUCUCCGUGCUUGGCAUCGACAAGGUCAAGUUUGCCAAGUUUGCCAAAGUCCUCGACCUCGCGUGCGAGGGCACCACCAAUGCCUUCCACAACGUCCUCCACUCGGCACACUCUCUCCAGUACGCGCACUACAUCCUCACCUCGUCGGGCCUGUACAAUAUCCUCUCGCCGCUGGACGCUUUUGCCGCCUUUUUGCUGUCGCCAUCAAAGACAUCGGCCACCCGGGCGUGA